CCCCUGUAUUUUUGAAUUUGUGGAAUUAGGAGGUACGAGGUUAUUUUGGCCACAGUCGGGUCGGGGGUUUAUGCCCCCCCCUUACCUAUUGUCUACAUUAGGGCGCGCUGUGCACACAAAAGCCCCGGAUAGAUUGGCUAGUCAGUUUUCGGUGUUUACAAGCGCUGUAUCUUGUGGAUUAAAGUAUUUAAAAUGGUAUCACAAUAUACGAAGAAGACAAGGCGAGAAGCAGCAUAUACCGUACACCUCCCCGCAUGUAGCCUACUCUAGUAGGCUGUGGUUUUCGAGACCGUUCGGUUCCGCGUCUCGAUAUUCGGACACCGUGGCUGUGAGCCCCCACCGUUAACUGAGCACGUAGGAUCAGUGAGAGGAUAAGGGACCCGGAAGGAAAGGAAUUGGAGACUAUUUGAUACCAAAUCGGGACACAUGUUGAGUUAACGGGCCUAGUCCACCACCAUCUACCCCCCUAAGCGUUUCUAGAUUUCUCUUUUUCUAGUUGUUGACUUUACUCUCGAAUAAUUGCCUGCGAACUGAUUCGUCUUUGAUCUCACAGCGACCUGCAUUUUUCUGGGACUAUGGAUCUUAGUAAAAUGGCUGUGAGCAUCAACAAGGCCAUCAACACACAGGAGGUCGCCGUCAAAGAGAAGCAUGCCAGGACCUGUAUCCUGGGAACCCACCACGAAAAGGGCGCCCACACCUUCUGGGCUGCCGUCAACCGUCUGCCUCUUUCCAGCAAUGCAGUCCUCUGCUGGAAGUUCUGCCACGUCUUCCACAAGCUUCUGCGAGAUGGCCACCCCAACGUGAUAAAGGACUCGAUGAGGAACAAAGCUGACCUUAGUGACAUGAGCAGGAUGUGGGGUCACCUGAGUGAAGGAUAUGGCAAGUUGUGUAGUGUCUACCUCAAACUGCUCAUCACAAAGAUGGAGUUCCACGUGAAGAAUCCCCGUUUCCCCGGUAACCUCCAGAUGUCAAACAGACAGCUUGAUGAGGCAGGAGAGAAUGAUGUCAACAACUUCUUCCAAUUGACUGUGGAGAUGUUUGACUACCUGGAGUGUGAGCUUAACCUCUUCCUGGGUGUGUUCAGCUCCCUGGACAUGUCGCGGUCCGUGUCGGUGACAGCGGCAGGUCAGUGUCGCCUGGCCCCUCUGAUCCAGGUCAUCCUGGAUAGCAGCCAUCUGUAUGACUACACUGUUAAGCUGCUCUUCAAGCUCCACUCCUGCCUUCCCGCCGAUACACUCCAGGGCCACAGAGACCGCUUCCAGGAGCAGUUUAAGAAGCUGAAGAGUCUGUUUUACCGCUCCAGUAACCUGCAGUACUUCAAGAGGCUCAUUCAGAUCCCACAGUUACCUGAGAAUCCGCCUAACUUCCUGCGAGCGUCUGCCUUGUCUGAGCACAUUAGUCCCGUGGUGGUCAUCCCGGCCGAGUCGUCCUCCCCCGAAACGGAGCACAUGGUGGACAUGGUGACGGAAGACCUGGUGGACACAGACGUCCCGAACCAGCCGACCGCUGUGGUGGAACCCAGGUUCGACGACCUGUUUGGCACGUCCGCCUCCACGGACCCCUUCAACUUCAACAGUCAGAACGGGAUGUGCAAGGACGAGAAAGACCGUCUGAUCCAACAGCUGACACAGGAGAUCGACUCCCUGAAGGAGGAGCUGGAGUCCUUCAGAUUGGAGAGUGGGCGUCUGUGCCAGGCGCUGCGGGGGCGUGUCAGCGAGCUGGAGGCGGAGCUAGCAGAACAGAGCCACCUGAGGAUGCAGGCCCUGGGGGAGAGCGAGUUCCUGAGGGCGGAGCUUGAUGACCUGCGUCGGGUCAAAGAGGACACGGAGAAAGAGCAGCGCAGCCUCACGGAGAUCGAGAGGAAGGCGGUUGCUAAUGAGCAGCGGUACACCAAGCUGAAGGAGAAGUACACAGAGCUGGUGCAGGGUCAUGCUGACCUGCUGAGGAAGAACGCAGAGGUGACCCGUCAGAUGACCGUGGCUCGGGCCGCUCAGGACGAGGUGGACUGCAUAAGGAGGGAGAUGCAGGAGAAGGUCAAGGCUGCCCAGGAGAACGCAGAGAGACAGGAGCACGACCAGGUAAAACAGCUUCAGGAGCUGCAGAGAGAAUUGGUCUCCAGCAGGGCAGAGCUAGAGACCCUGAGAGUCACCAUGGCAGCAUCUCAACAGUCAAGUGAAGAGCUCGGUGCUCAGCUCUCAAUUAUGGAGACGGAGAAGGCGGAGCUAGUGGAAUCCUUGUCGAAGAAAGAGGCAGAGCUUUCUGGUCUCGGGGAGGAGCUGGAGCGUAUUCAGAGCAGCCUGGCCAAUGAGAGGGAGAGCGGAGUGAAGACUGCAGAGGCCCUACAGAACCAGCUCAAUCAGAAGGAGAGCAGGGAGCAGGCACUGGAGAGCCAGCUGGUGGCAGCACGCUGGGCCACCCUCCAGGGGGCUGUGGAGGAGGCAGAGAGGAUAGUCACAGAGUCCCUCGCCCUGCUUGACGAUCCAGCUCAUAUCAGCUGCACGAGCUCUGCAGACUACCUGGCCUCCAGGUGUCAGGCCUCUCUGGACUGUUUGGACAGACUUCAUUCUGCCAGGAAUGCCUACCUGUCAGACAACUCAGGUUUGUCAGAGCUGGUGCGGGCAGUGACCCAGUUUGCCCACCUGGUGGGUGACACAAUCGUGCAGGGCAGUGCCACCUCUCACAUGGUGCCAGUGGAGCAGGCAGACGCCCUGUCAGACAGCGUGAAGGCGUGUGGGGGGGAGGCCCUGGCCCUGCUGGCUCAGAUGAAGGAGCAGGAGAGCCUGGCGGCGGCAGACAGCGCCACCCUGAGGGCUGCGCUGGACGGUGUCCUGGCCACUGCAGAGAAACUGCGUCCUCGGGGUCUGGAGCUGCAGCAGGGGGAGCUGGGAGAUCUGGUGGAGCAGGAAAUGGCUGCCACCUCGGCCGCGGUCGAGUCAGCAGCCACCAGGAUAGAGGGCAUGCUGAACAAGUCACGUGCUGUCGACACAGGGGUCAAGAUGGAGGUCAAUGAGAGGAUCCUGGCCUCCUGUACAGACCUGAUGCAGGCCAUCAAAGAGCUUGUUUUGUCUUCCAAAGAUCUGCAGAGGGACAUUGUGGAGAGUGGCAGGGGGGCAGCCUCCAUGAAGGAGUUCUAUGCCAAGAACUCUCGCUGGACGGAAGGCUUGAUCUCAGCCUCCAAAGCUGUGGGUUGGGGUGCCACUGUCUUGGUGGAUGCUGCAGACCUGGUGGUACAGGGCAAAGGCAAGUACGAGGAGCUCAUGGUGUGUUCACAUGAGAUCGCAGCCAGCACCGCUCAACUGGUGGCUGCGUCCAAGGUGAAGGCAGACAAAGACAACGCCAACCUUGGCCGCCUAAAGCUGGCCUCCAGGGGGGUCACACAAGCCACAGCUGGGGUCGUGGCCUCCACCAAGUCAGGGAAAUCCCAGAUCGAGGAGAAAGACACCAUGGAUUUCUCUAGUAUGACCCUGACUCAGAUCAAGAGGCAGGAGAUGGACUCACAGGUUUCCGUGUUGGAACUGGAAACAAAGCUGCAGAAGGAGAGGGAGCGUCUGGGAGAGCUGAGGAAGAAACACUACGAGCUGGCCGGGGUGGCUGAGGGUUGGGGGGAGGAGGACGAAGGUACAGUUUGAUUUCCGUUCCUCCAACCAGAAGACCGGCUUCUCUCUCGCCCCCCCUCUCGCCCCCUUUAUAACUCUCUUCAGUCUUUCUCUUGCUCUUAUCUCUUUAAAAAAAUGUAUUAAAGCCAAAUAAAAAGGUGCUUUUUAAAAUGCUCCUCCCACCCCCGGGAGCUUCCAAUCGGACGGUGAUGAGAGGGGACCGCAACGGUGGACGAACGACCUGCCUGGCGCCUCCCCCUUUGGACUGGUGACCAAUAGCACACAUGCAGACAGGCCCCCCCCCCCCCCCCCCGUCUGCCAAGUAUUUAUUUCAGUUAUCCAAAGGUUCCCUUCAUGCGGUCAAAGCACCCCCAGUGUCACCGCGGAGAGACCCACCACAAGCACAGGUUCUUCACAACCAGACAUCCCAGGAUGCAUUGCACAAGAGCCAUUCGCUCCUCGGAGGGAGAUUUGACUGUUUUCCAAUUGGGAUCUAGCCCUGGCCCGCGCACGUCUCUUCAGUGUAAGCAUAACGGCCUCUUGUGUUAAAUGGUGGCGUGGUGCUGCGCUUUAGGGGUUUUAACCUCUCCACUGUGUAUCAGUGAGAACUCUUAUUCUCCUCCUUCCUUGUCCCCAGACCCCCCCCCCCCCCCCCCCCCCCCGGUUCCUUUAUCUCUAACCCAAACGCUAUCGGAGCUAUCCUCCCACCGGGAUACAGAUUUAUGCCUUUUCACCCUCUUUUAAAAACCACAGUGACUGUUUUUAUUACAGCUGGCCCAGGUAGCCUGUUGAUACGCUAAUGAGGCUAGUUUGGAGUGUCUGAGGGGCGACUGCCUGGCUUUGAGGGUGGGGUUGAAGUGACGUAUGAUGCUGGCGGGUGGCUUUGAACCCUGGGUGGUGUGCGUUAGAGAACAUGGCGUGAAAAUCGGGUUGCUGCCCGACACUGAUCAUGUUGGCCUGUUGAAUGGCUGUGUGGCUCUGAGACUCCUGGGCUCAUUAAUAUGGCGUGAGCACUUUCUUCCCUGGCUGCCGUCAGAUUCGUUACCCUUCUCCCAGACUGGCAUUUUGGGAGGAUGCACAUCAUUGGUUUAACUAGUGUAAGAAAUAUUGUGGAAUGAGCCAGUGCGCACACUCCAAGGAGAAAGGUGGGGAAUUUGAAUGCAGCCCUGCACAAACCACCCUGCUGUGUUGUCUGGUGCUUUCACAGAUGAUGUAGCUAUAAAGCAGGGCUGUUCUACUCGCUUCCUGGAGCUGAAGCUUUUCAAGGUUUGUUUCCACUGGGUACUUUGUUACACUCACCUGGUGUCCCUGGUCUGUAUCAGUGCCUGGUCUGUGUCGGUGCCUGGUCUGUGUCGGUGCCUGGUCUGUGUCAGUGCCUGGUCUGUGUCAGUGCCUGGUCUGUGUCAGUGCCUGGUCUGUGUCAGUGCCUGGUCUGUGUCAGUGCCUGGUCUGUGUCAGUGCCUGGUCUGUGUCAGUGCCUGGUCUGUGUCAGUGCCUGGUCUGUAUCAGUGCCUGGUCAGAGAGAGAGAGGAGGAAACCUGGAGUGUUGGUUUGGUGUUGAAUAUGUAAAGCCUAAUCGCCUGAAACUCAACUGGCCAGUUCCUCUAGGUUUGCAACACUCCAAACAGGAAUUCAUUUAGACCUGGGAAACCAGGUGGGUGUAAUUAAUGAUGAGGUUCCGGACAUUUUAGGGUUGGAGUUAAAUACCCUGGGCUGGCCAGUGGACACUUAUAUCAUCAACACUACCAGUCCACAGAACCAAUUAUGGCCGAGUGGUGUUCACAAUUCUCACACCUGUAGCCUAAUUACAUUUAAAACAUUAAGCAGAUUCUUUGAUCCAGAGCUUACAGUAGUGACCACACACAUUCCCCCCCCCCCCCCAACUGUGCUGCAAUGGGUGUCUUAUGAAAAUGUGUCAAUAAGGGCUCCAGGUGAUGAUCUGAGAUUACACUGUCACUAGAGGGCAGAGUUCUGUCACUAGAGGGCAGAGUUCUGUCACUAGAGGGCAGAGUUCUGUCACUAGAGGGCAGAGUUCUGUCACUAGAGGGCAGAGUUCUGUCACUAGAGGGCAGAGUUCUGUCACUAGAGGGCAGAGUUCUGUCACUAGAGGGCAGAGUUCUGUCACUAGAGGGCAGAGUUCUGUCACUAGAGGGCAGAGUUCCACAGGAGAGCUGCUAUAAUAAAGACUCAUCAUGAAAUAUGUUCCUCCACUCUUGCCCAUGGCCACUGUUGCUUUUCAAUCUGGUUUUAUGAAAGUAAAUGGGAACAUUGCGUUGUUUGGUUUGCCACAAAUUCCGUUAUCAGGGUUUCAUCCUGUAUUUGUUAUACUUAUAAAAAAAAAUUGUAUACGGUUAACUGCGGUUUGGAGCUUGUGUGGUGCAAUGGAUCCAAUGGAAUACUCCCAAGCGUACAGCCAACCACGCCUUUCUGGAACACCAGGCAGGUUCAGGGGAACAGAACUGAAUUAAAGUUUUUGAAAGAACUAAUCCGGUUUGAACCACGAUCUGAUUUCAUAACGGUAUAUUGUCUCUGUGUGUCAUGUUUAUGGAGUUAGUCUUCCUAUGUGUCUUAUAACAAUGUUAAUUUUUAUUUACCAUCAAACCAUGUUAUUGAAAGCUCUCACAUUAUUUUUGCAAUUUCACUUGUUCUUGAAAGAAAGUGACCCAAACAACAAUUCAUUACAUCAUUGUGCAGGGUGUCCAUGAAGCAGGAACAAUGGCACCCAAAACGAUGUAAUGUUUUUAGAAGCUGGAAUACGUGGCUCAGGGUGAUUUGGACGCUGCCUUCAGUUCAUUGUGCCACUGCAGCAUGAGUUCAAAACCAGUCCACUGCAAAAAAAAACGUUCUUACCUUUCCCUGUUUCAACGACUUGGGAUUGAUGUUUGGGUUAAGUAAAAAAAAAUAAAAAAGGUAAUAAAAACUUGAGAAAUUGUGGAAAAUGUUGGAGACCCUUUUAUAGCAUGUCAUCAAAAAUAGAGAUUUAGUUGUAAGAAAGCCAACUUCUUUAUUGACCCUUUACCUAGUUUGUAUUAUCCUGCUAUGCUUUUGGCUGUUGUAUAUAAAAAGUUGUGACACUGGGUAUUUAAUGAUGAUUUAGCCCUGUUCUUCUCUCCCUACUUCCUGGUCAUUAAUUUCUCACCCUUUGGUUUGUCUGUAGUCCAAACAGCUCAGCCAGCCUUUUGAACUGCCACUCACUGUAGUUAAAGAGAAACAAACAAUAUUCAAAAUAAUAUUGUCUUUUUAUGAUAUACUAAAUAAUAUGUAUGUGGUUUUUUUCAGUUUUUAAAAUAAAUAUUUCAACUUAUUAAUACCUUU